CUUCCUUUGCUCAUGACACUGGAGCGAAGUUCUGUCAGUUGAGUCCCAAAUCAGUUUCCAGUCACUGUCAGAAUCGCAAACCCCGGUUUUUUCGGUGGUUUUCGAGCCGGACGUGCCUGAUACUAUCUCGGCUUGGUGCUGCUGAUCCGACCGCCGCUCGCCCGGAGGACAGCAGCUGACUAUGGUUUAGCACGAAGCGCUAGCUCAGCUGUUCUGAUACAGAAAGACAUUUGAGCAGCAGACGGCACAGUGCAGACGUAAGCGUGCCACAGCAGUGCAGUCAUGCUCACACUGGCCAGCAAGUUAAAGAAGGACGAUGGAGGGAAGACGGGCCGUGCCUCCGGAGCCUCAGACGCCACCCACAGGGUCUCCAUCAGGGACCGCCUCCUGACCAAAGAAGUAGCAGAACUUGAAGCCAAUCUCCCUAGUACAUGCAAAGCCAGUUUCCCAGAUGAGAAUAAGCUGCAUCAUUUUCAGCUGGCAGUGUCUCCUGAUGAGGGUUACUACCAAAGUGGAAAAUUUCAGUUUGAAAUAGAUGUCCCUGAAGCCUAUAACAUGGUGCCUCCUAAAGUCAGAUGUCUGACCAGAAUAUGGCAUCCGAAUAUCACGGAAAAUGGAGAGAUCUGUUUAAGCUUAUUGCGAGAGCAUUCUAUUGACGGCACAGGCUGGGCCCCAACCAGAACAUUAAAGGACGUGGUCUGGGGAUUGAACUCCUUGUUUACUGACCUGUUGAACUUUGAUGAUCCGCUAAACAUCGAUGCAGCAGAACAUCAUCUGAGAGACAAGGAGGAUUUUCGGAAUAAAGUUCAAGAUUACAUCAAGCACUACGCCAGAUGAUAGAUGGCUACUGACGUCAGCCUGCACCUACCAACCAAGCUGCUCCUUAUUUGCCUCUGCUUAUCUGGCCGACUCCUCCACGUGUGAAUCAGCAGCAGACUCUAUAUGACUUUUACCGAAACCCUCCUUCUGACAGCGCAACCCCCCCACCCACUAUGUUCACAAAGCUGCAAUAAACUUCACAGUGCAAGAAUGAAACAUGAAACUUAAAAACACAUCAAUAAAUGGAACACAUGAAUGACUUGCAGAAAAUAUGCUUUAAUUGUACUAAUCGGUUGAGUGUUGCAACAGCUGCUAUGUCUGUACAUUGUGGCAACAAAUGAUGCCACCUCAUUAAGGGGACUGCAAGUCCACCAGAAACGAGUCACAGCAAAAAAAAACAUGAGUCUCAUGUGAUGUUUCACCUACGAAGACCAGAAGUGACACUUUGGCUGUUUGUUUUAUUUAAAUGCAAGGAAUCAAAAGAAAGAAUAUGUUACUAAUUCUCUGUCUUAGUGCCUGCAUUGUUCGUGUCGCUUAAGAGAAAGUGCAUGGGAGUCCAUAAAGUCGCAUUGGAACAGAAACCCGUCACAUUUUGUCGUAAAAGAUGAGCCCUAACGUACACAGGUUUCUGAUUCACCAACACGCAAGGUAAAAAGCCUGCAGCCUCAUUGGACAGCAUGAGAAUGGCCACAUUGUCACAUUUUGUUUCCAUUCACAUGUAUGAACACGCACAUAAACACACACACAAAAAAAACAUUUUUUUUAUAUGUUUUCACCUCCAGAUAACUUACCGCCAUGAUAAACAAUAGCCAAAUAUACUCUGAUCUCAGAGUCACCUCUCCUCACACCGUUUUGAUCUCUUUCACACAUCUUCACCUUUAGUAUGACGUUUGUUUCAGACGAACUGCA